UAAGCACAGAGUGCUCAAGCAAGGCCUGUGACCUCUGAGGCAUCUGUGUUCGUCAUUGUGCUUUGGGAGUUUGUGUUUGAUGCCAUGUGUGCUGCUUGGAAGAUUCAUGUCAAAGUGUGAGGCAAACUUUACUAACCUGAAGCUGCCUAGUUUUGUCCAGGGUUCGUGGUCAACAGCAGCGAUGUUCCCAUUAUGACCAGACAAAUUGUGGCAGCAAGUUCUUUGGUUUUUGCUGUGUUGCCAUACCGUCCAGUUCCCAGCCUUAGUCUUGGAGCCCAGUAUGCCAUGGCGCAGAGGAGUCGUCGUCAAAUAUAUGAAACUGCCUUUGACAGCAAGCCUUCGCUGUGCUUCCGGCAGGUGGAAAAGAAGAACGAGGACGGAGGGGACCUGAUAGACCGCAUUGCCAACCAUCCUAUCCUCCAACUCUUGAACUUACGCCGUCGUUCUCGACAAAAUGGGCAAAACAACAAUAGUGGAAACGGUUGCCAUAGAGCCAGAACUUUUCCUGGCAAUACUGUUGUUGCUUCUACCUCUUCUGAUCCUAAGUUCCAGGUUGGUGUUUAUACUCCAAAGGGGGGUCGUCGUCGUGAUCGAGGCCGUGGCGUAGCACCUCGCCCGGCACGCAGUGUAUCCACUCACCACAUAACUGAGCAUCGUGUCCGGCCCAUAGGAUUGUCUAAGAGUGAUGAUGAAAUUCUCAAUCGUGGGUCAGAUUCCUUGGAUGAAGAUGACUACAUUGAGGAUUACAUAGAAGGCCAGAAUGCCAAAGAGCUGUCUGCAGACUUGGACACUCUUCAUAUGCAAAGUGAUGAUUAUUUCAAAGAAACUGAGAAGGGAAAGAAGAGUUCGAGGAAGAAGAAAAACAAGGUUAAAGAGCGAGCAGAGCUCAGUAAAUCUCAGGCCAUCCCUGCUAGACUGCCUUUACGACCCCUAGAAUUGCGAAGUCCUCCUGGUACAGCCCCUUUGCCCAUUAAAUUCUGCAAAAAAACUCCCAUUGCAGAUAAAAGUCCCUCCAGUUGGUUUAGUCCUCCAAGACAAAAGGAUCUGAACCUCCCUAUAAAGAAAAGUUUGAGUAAAGAAUCACUGGGGUUGAGUAGAAAUACACCGCCCUGUGAGAGUCACACUAGCCUCAAUGCCUCCAUGGAGGUGCUUCUUGACAGUUCCUCUCGGAGGGAUAUAAAGUCUUGUUUUAUUCCCCCUGGGGUGAAUGUGAAAUACUCUAGCAUUGAGAGUGUUGUGACAGGAAGUACUAUGUCGAGCCUUGAGAGUUUACGAAGUUCCAUGAGUGAUGGUAGCAAAAGCACAGCGAGCAAUGAGUCGGCAAUGAGUAGCUAUAAGAGUUCGUCCUUGGGGAGUGACUCAUCCCUCCUAUCCCGUCCUGCCCUAAACCUCAGUGCUCCCCACCGAUCACUUAUCCAGUCAGCAAAGUUUCAAAUCCUCUCGCCUAUUUCGGAUAAGUCCCAGGAGCCAUCAUCAGAAAAUGGUUGCCUCUCUCAGAAAAGUUCCCCACAAGAUCUGGCAGAAUUUUAUUCUGCUAUGUCACGUCAGAAGACUCCUCUACAACCCAGAAACAUCCAAGAGGACUUUCGUAACUUUCACCACAUUCUUCCUGGUCCUCCAAGAGAAGGUGAUGUCCAAGGAUCAGACAGUGGCAUAAGCAUUGAGUAUGGCCUCCAUUUAAGUAGGAAACAUGAAGCUCCCUACAGUGACUUACCCUUUGAUAUGCCUAAACUACGUCGUCGAUUGGCUGCAGCAAAGAUUGGAAAGACAAGUUUGUCAAGCAGCAACUCCUCAAUCUCUUCCAGUGGUGCCACAAGUGAAGGAAACGCACGACUAAGUCUUCCUCCAAACUUCCAACCCACAGUCAACCCCGCUGUCUCCAGAUUACAAAUUCUAGAGGUUCGCAGUGGCACUUCCUCAUCCAACUCAAGUGACUGGGAUACUCGGUCGUCGGCAGAGAGCAGUGAUGAUCAGGGCACACCUAAGUUCAGAAAUAAUGAUGCUAGUAACAGAGGAAAAAGUGGACUGGCUUUGGACCUGGGGUGUGCAGCAAUGGCCAUAAAAGGGGAAAAGGUUGAUGUCAAACUUCCUCUUAUGAAACAAGGAUGGUAUCAUGGUGCACUGAGCAGAACUGAGGCAGAGGCUACACUGAGGUCUUGUUCUGAGGGCAGCUACCUCGUGCGCUCUUUGGACAUCUCACGACAUGAGUACUCUUUAGGACUGAAGUCUGCUCGUGGAUUCAUGCACCUUCGGAUACAAUUUGACUGUAAGACUGGUCAGUACAUGCUAGGAAGGGGAACCAAGCAGUUUUCCUCAGUCCCUCUCAUGAUCCAGCAUUACACCAUCUUCAGACUACCCAUCAAGGGUGCUGAACACAUGGUACUGCUUCAACCUGUGAUUCAUGAGACCCUCUAGUGAAGCUUGUCUAAAAACUGGAAUUGUUGUCAGGUUUACCUAAGGUCAUGUAUAGAUUCUUGUUUGGAAUCUACAACAUAAUCAGUGAUCGGCCUUGGAAUAUCUUCCCUGUUAUGAUCAAUGUCUCAUUUAUGGAUGAGAAAGUAAUGGAUUAUGAGCUUACAACUAAGUCUGACUGUUACUGAUUGUGUUGUAGUUUCUUAGUGAAACCCAGUUGCCAAUCUUUUGCCAAACCUUGUGCAUCUUCCAUAACUCUUAGUAAUCUUUCUAGUGCAUAUUUUAGUGAAUUAAUCAUGACAAUUUCAACCUUUUUCAGUCAAUUUUCAGAAUCCUUCUAGUAAAUCUUCACUCUUCAUAGCAAGUUCCUUAGAGGAUCCUUAGUAGAUGCCAUAAUUUAUCAGUGUACAGGAAUGUAGUAGAAGGCUGUGCAGCUGCUGCACCACACUUUGUUUUGCUCCAAGUUCGACCAUCUUCUCUUUUUAAUAGAACCCAAAUUUCUGUAGAAAAAAUUCUUUCAUCUCUCCAAUAGAUGAGAACAUUCCAAUGCCAGUACGUAGGGUGUAAUCUAGUACAAAUUGCGAGGAUAAUUAUGUCUACCGAACAGUACCUCUGAUAAGAACACGUGCUGAUGUGCCCGUGAACCGAAGGGCACGGGGAGAUGUAGCCGGUGGAUUUUAUGAGUAUUAGGGGUCAAGUAAAUUAAAGUUUUGUAGCUCAAAGUUUUGCAGAAUGAUGUACAUAUUUUGUUCAUAAACAUUCCAGGUAUUUUAAGCUGCAAAAAUGCUGUUGCCUACUGCAUUGUUCUUGAUAAUUUUUGCAGGAGAUUUUGAAAUGAUGUUUUAAUUUUUUAUUAAGGUGGAAGCAUUGAAAGGCUCCCCUUUUAUAUGAUUUUAUAGUAUGUGAUAUAUGUUCAAAAAGUUUUCUCAGGUUGUCAACAGUAUCAUGGACUGAUGUGCUUCAGUGCCAAUGGAGGCAAAAAUUCUACUCCACUACCCCUGUAAAAUAUGAAGUACACUAUGAAUAUUGUGUCAAAGAUGCACUUAAUUUUAAAUUUAGAGAUUAUCAGAGUAGUGACAGACAGAAUUCAUAGGCCUAGCCAUUAGGUGCACUCUAUGCCUCAAUUACACUGUACUGUAUGUGCCAACCAAAAUUGCACAAGUAUUAUUGAAAAAGUACUAACUGAAAUGUGUCAAGUGAAAGUAAAUGAGAUCAUAUUGUAAAGUUUUGGAUUAUGUACAGAAUGUUACUGUUUGUUCAUGGUCUUGCCUGAAAUGAAUAAUACAGUACAGUACUUGGAUACAAAAUGUUCAAGAUCCUCAAGAGCAGUGAUUGUAGAUAGUGCCUGGGUGAUUGAGGUGUAGAUGUUUUACAUGAAUUGGUAUUGUAUUUUUGUAAAGAUACAUUGGCAUGCCAUUUAAAACUAAUUGACUAGCCAGACUGUAAUGAUAAUGUGGGAGGAAAUGGAUGAUGACAUUUUUAGGUUUCCAGACAGAGCUCAUGGAAAAGGGAACACUUGCUGCUGUGGUUAAGGGUUUACAAGACUCAUGAUAUCAGGUAUGUGCUCCAAUUAACUGUGGAUGAUUACUGAAUUAGAUUGUGUUCCAUGAGAAAUUUUUGAGAUUUAAUGAAUUUGUAUUGUCAAGAAUGGGUGUGUACUGUAUAUGUUUGAUGAGAAAUUACAGUCUUGAUGAAUUUGUAUUGUGAAAUGUGGACAUAAAUGUUGCUUUGUACUUUUAAGUCUCUUCCACACUCGGUGCCAAAGAUAUGAGUCCAGGGAGUCAUACAGUAUUAUGUGCAUGUUAUUCUAUAAUUAGUAUAAAUUAAGAGUCAAAAUUUCAAGUAUACAGUAUGUUAAAAGAGAUUACUGAUGUAAUGUAAUUUCUUCACACUUCUGAUGUGCUGCACUGGGCAAGAAUGAUUAAAAAAAGAGAUAUGAUCUCGGGAAAUGGUUCAUGAAAUGAAAUGAUUCCAUUGUACCUUAACAGUACAGUACUGUAUAUUUUUUUGGAUGAAGUAAUGUCUUGGAUCACUGGUGCAGCCUAAUAUUGUUUUAAAGGGUUAGCCAGAAAUUACAUUGCACCAUUAGGAUGAUUUAUAUCAUAAAACUCCAGUUUCAGAGAUUUGUAGUUCUAGCUUUGCUAGUCGGGUCUUAGGACAUCUUUUCUGACUGACAAAGAUAAAUAUUUCACACUGCAGGUUCCUCAUUGCAUCCCUGUCAUGUAAAUCAAAUACGUACAGUAUUGACCUUCAUUGAAUAAUUUGUUCAAUGUAUCAAGUACAGGGAGAUAUUUGGGGUAUUGACUAAGCAUUGCCUACUUCUGGUGUCCUUAGCAAUGGUCAUAAUUCAAAGAAAUUGAUUGGCUGCUAGUUGUUAAGUGGAUCAUGCUGUGAUAUAGGCUGAGUCACUGCCAAUUUUUCUUCAUCAACAUUUAAUGUGAUUGACUUUAAAUCUUGAAAAUAAAAGUUGAUGGUGAAUUCACCGCUCUGGCAAUCCAGUUUACUUAGUCAUCAGCAACAAAUUGACUUUGAAUUGUAACUGUUACUUAUGAUUCCAUAAAUGGGUGAAGCUUAGUUGAUUGGAAAAUUUAUUAAAUACUUCAGGACAUGAAUAACUUUUUAGAUCUUAUGCUGAUGAAAUACUAUACACCUGAUUUUAAAUAUAAUUUAAUAAAAUAAGUAGAAGUCGUCUGACUCCCAGCUUAAGAUCCCUUAGCUUGGGAGAAUUUGCUGAGGGAUGUUACUCACAAUGAUAACUAAAGAGAGUUAGGAGCAAAAAGAACUGGAUGAGACUGGAAAAUGGGAAGCAUUGGUGCUGUAAUACUAUGUUGAUCUUUGGAACUGUCCCAGAAUAUUGGGAUUGCAUUUUGGAUUUAAUGAGAAAAUGAUAAUAAGCAGCAAUAGUAGUAGAAGGAGGCGGCCAAUUUAAAUGUCUAUUUAUUUAUCUGUUAUCUUUGCUCUACUCCCAGUUAUUGCAUGGGAUGGAUCAAGGAAAUAAGGAAACGGUAGAAUAUUGCAAGAAAUGUGUAGAAAGCCACAGAAAAGGAUUGGAACUGCAAAUAGAAACACCACACACACAAACAGUUCCUCAUACCCUCAACCAUUUUUGACAUGAGUUCAACUGAUGUAUGAAAUCACAAAGCAUUCAUAUAGUCAAUUUUCAGUUGAUCACCCACUUCACAAUGUAAUCAUUAGUUUUGCUGUAAAGUCUACCUUGUGCAGUGAGCAUCAGAAGAGUGAAGUUAUGUGGGUUUAGAUACAAAGCAAAGUGAUUCCUUACCAUGUCAUUGUGUCUUAAGGGUUUAUUAUUACAAUAAUAAUAUUUCUCAUUUGUCAACCUCUUGAACAUUAUAUGUGCCAAUAAUUGUUUGUCUAAUAAGCGUGUUCCUAUUCCUCCUGAUUAUCCCAUUUAAACCAAUAUACAGUAUUUGAUGUGCAUUUGCUUUGGUAAUUGCUCUAAGGAUGUGUACUGUAUGUGUUUUCCUUUCCCAAUAAUACCUCAGGCCAUGCAAAUUUCUUUAUUUAUUUAUUGACAAACAUGUAUGGAAAGGUACAGUAGUAGGGAGGUAUUGCUGAUAUUAUAUUGAAGGGCAAAUGGUAUGGUAAGAUGAAUAUAUGUACUGUAUGUAUUUAAGUUAGAAUGACAAUAAAUAAUAUUGUCAUAAGGUACUGAUUUGGGCAGUUUAUUAUUUAAAAGAUACAGAGAAAAGUACAUGACAGAGCAAAUGGAUAAGGAUUUUAGAAAAUAUUAUGAUAUCACUGAAUGAUGAUCGCUAACUUAGGAAAAGAUGACUGAUAUAAUGGUAGACUUAACUUUGGUCAUGUUUUCAUGAAAACUUUCAUACUCUUUCACCACCAUGCACAAUGCUUAUUGUUAGACUAUGCCAACAAACCUGCAUAGUUAACUUAAAGUGCCAACUUCUAGAGUCACUUCCUUCCAGAAUGCUGUAAUGCCACUCCUCUCCUAACAGCUAUAACCUCUGACUAUUGUAGUUGUAACCUUCACGACUGUAAAUGUUACCUCUGACUAUUGUAGCCAUAACCUCACUUUUAGCAGUAAGGUCUCAUUGCUUGAGCUUUAGCCCCUCAGUGUUCUAACUGUAACCUCUCACUAUCCCAGUUUUUAAAAUGUAUGAACAAUGUCACUGACUUCACUCAGCCCAAUCUGACUCCAAUAAUUUCCUUAACCUGGUUAUUGAGUUUGCUUGUCUGUUUAUAAAAGGAGUACUGUAUAAGUUCUAUGUGCUACAGAAUCCCUCCACAGCUGUUUGCAGCUUCUUUUUGCAACACAAUAAACGAAAAUGUCAAAGGGGUUAAAAGAUCUCCAUAAGUGUACACUGUCCUAUGAGCAAUUACUAUUCAAUUUCAUUCACUGUGUAAUUAAUCCCUAGCUCUUGUUUUCUGCAGGAGAACAUACACGGCAUUUUGAAAUAUAGUACAUAAGAACCAGGUAAAAUAGCAUUCAUGAGGUAUAUUUAAAUUCUAAUGCAAUCUCAGUUACAAAGGUUUGCUCCAAGACAGCUUGCCUCAUGUACAGGUUGUUCCAGUAAGAACUAAACAACUUUAAUUGUUGUUUUAAGUGAUCGAUCAACUCAAAGUUUUGUUGACAUUUGUUUUUGUUUUUACAAGUGUGUUGCAUAUACUGUACAGUGUGAUCACAACAGCAGACCAUGACAUCACCAGAAGAGAUGCAGUGUGUGGUAUAUGUGAUUGUAAUGCCCUUCACCAACACUGAUAUGAGAUGGGUGAACUUUUGGUACAUUGUGUGGUAGUUGAGUCUGGUUGGUUGUUGGAUGUGGUCUUGAUAAAAGAGGCCACACACUGCAGCUUUUCUUGUAGAUAUUUCAUAUUCCAUUGCUGGUGAUACAGUGAAUAGGUAACACUCCUGAGAAUAAACAAAUAAUUGUCAAUAAAACUUUUUGAGCUGGUGUAUUACUUAAAACAAAGUGAUUUAAUGCAUGUCUAUUUCAUGUUUAAUUAGCUAUUAAAGUUUUAAAGUUCUCCAGAUCUUUCUGGAAAACUCUAUAUUAAGUGCAGACCACAUUGCCAUAACUAUGAUGAUAAGAAAAUAAAGACAUGGCCACAUGUAUGGCUGGUAUGAGAUUUCAGAGCGCGACCCAAUAGAUUUUCAUCGCUUUGCUAGAUGGAACCUAUAUAAUCAUCUUACUAAACAGGGGGUAUGAUGACCUAAGUUAACUGUAGUAAUACAGGUUGAAUGGGCCAAUGUUUUGAACCAAUUACAUUAACUGUUAACACACACAAUUGAGUCGCUGGAAAACUUUGUGAAUCCUCCCACAUUUUUCAAACCCCGUCAUAAUUUACGUUACAAAUUCAGCAGCCUAUUUACAUUCAACUAGCUCUCUUUGCUUUGUACAUAUUUCCAAAGUGGCCUCUCGAGUCAAUUGGCAAUUUUUUUAAUUUCUUCGCUUUAACCUCAAAUACUAUACAUUUCACUUAAUGAUUUGAAUAAAAAUGCCAAAAUAUUACUCUUAAACAAGUCAAGCUAACUGAACUGAAGGUAGGUUCUGGUUUGGUCUUAGAGCUUCUGAGAUUGCCAGUUCCCAUAUCAAUUCUGAUGACUACAAAAUAAAAAAGAAUUUAUCAGAGACUUUGGGAUAAUUAUUUGAAUUAGGGUUGCAUUUCUUCCAUUAAGAACUACGGUACUUCUGGUUAAGAUUUUUGUACCAGGAAAUCAUUGUCUUUUAUAUCACAAGCUUUCUGGAUUUUUGAGAUUGUACUGUGUUAGAUUGACCCAACCUAAUGUAUCUCACAUGAAAAUGCACUCUUCACUAGCCCUCCAAAAUGCAUAAGGACUCCGGAUAUAUUGUUUCUCUGACAAUCUUUCAGAAGAAUCUAUUUUGUUAAUAAAUUACAUAUGUUUAUGUUUAGAGUUUAUAAAGUACGAUACAGGGCAUCUCCUGCUGCCCUUGGAAUGGAUUUAAUUUAAUUUUAGUUUUGCAAAUUAUGUUUGAAAUCUUGCACCAGUCAUAAAGAAGGAUUAACCUUUUUGAAAUUUAAUUUUAUGGCUGGGAACGAACGAGUUUAUGACUAUCCCCCUUAUACCCUUCACUGAGAAUGGCGAAUGUGAAUAAUUUAUUAAGUUUGUAACAUGUUAACUAUGGAUGAAUGGGUUUUGAAGGAUGUUCUGGGAUUCACAAAAUGUUUUUUACCAAUAGUCAGAUUGUAUAUUAAUAUGCUAUGUAAAUGUUUGAAUUAGUAUUUUGUUCAGUUUGUUAGAAUUUUUACCACAAAUAUUGAAAUAACCAUUGUCAUACUACAGUAGUGUCAAGCUAACUACUGUCAUACUAGUGACAAGGUAACCAUUGUCCUAUUAGUGUCAAGGUAACCACUGUCAUACUCUGUAGUUUGAUGGCUGUUAGGUGCCAACUACCUAAGUGGUGACAAUUCUUUGGUCAAGUUUUCAUCCUUUUCUAAUCAUAAAAUGUGAUUUUGUGAGCAUCAGUCCACUUUAUUCUGCUGGAAACAACUACAGUAGAUAUUUUUAAGUUAAACAUUUUCAGGAGAUCAUAGAUGCAGAUUAUCCUGUAAAGUUUGGACAAAAUAAAAACUGUGUAUCAAAUCAGGGCAUUAAAACUAAAUAAUUUAUUGUAUACUAGACUGUUUUAAGCAGUUCCAUGCUUCAAAAUCUAUUAGAAUUUGUAGAUUUAAUAUUUUGUUAAUUUUAUCAGAUGAAGCAGUAAAAUCCUGCUACAGUCUUACAAGACAAGAGUGUAAGCUUGCACAUGGAAAUUAAUGCGUUGUAUACUUAUUAGAAAACUUGGUAUUUGUAGGACAAUCAUAUACAGUAUGAAAUUAAUGAAAAGACCUAGAAGAUUGUUAGAGCUAGUGAUCAAGUAGAAGUACUUUUAGUUUUUUAAUUAAAAGCAAAUAGUUCUGUAUUAAUGCUUCCAAUUACUAAAAUCUAGUUGAUGAGAAUUAUUGUACUAUAGUUGAUGCGAUGCAAUAAUGCGUGUCCAUCCAUGUCUUCGCCGCUGCUAUUAUACAGUCGUAAACAUUCCCUCCAGACCCACAUCCCUCCCGUGUUAGUAGUCUAUGGCAGAGAACUUUGCUGACUGCGCUUCCAUUUUCUAUAAGUAUGCUCCUUUUUUUUUCUUUAAUAAUUAGUUUAAGAGCUAAUUUUUGUAAACUUGAGUUCAAGAUCAUCAUACCCAUGCACUAAAUUUCUACUGAGGCUUAAUAUUAUUAAUAAGUGUAUUAUUAUUAUAAUUAUUAUUAUUGUUAUUAUUAUUAUUUUCUUUUACUAAUGACCUCUUGUGUGCCAAAACUGAAUAAUGGUUGAAUCGAAUGAGGCUACAGUAUUUAAAUAUUAUUUUCAUAAAUAUUAUGAAAUAGAUUGAACUGUGAUAUUCAGUUAACACAGUUUUUGGUAAAAAUAAUUAAUUAAUAUUGUCCUUUAAUACGAUGUUGUUAUGUACCAGUACUAAAAGAAAAAGAAAAUCUUGUAUAAAUACACCCAGUGCUAAGAAUUAAUUAGACUGGUUUAUUGAGAGCAGCAAAGUUCAUUCUGCUGGUAGUUGUAGUUCACCAACCUCUUUGGGUUGUGUUAACCAGAGUAUUUAACCUUUACAUCAUAGUGUGAUAUUUUUGGUCUUGUUAAAGAAUUGAUUGGCUGUAGACGGAUCAAGAAAAUCAAAUGGUGAUGUGCAAGUCAAAGUUCUGAUUACCUCUCCUCGGAGAUUUUUGGUACUGUGGUAGUUGAAGUCAGUACUGUACGAUGAAACUCAAGGUAGAUAUUGCCCUCUAGAGUCAUACACAAUAUUACAUAGUUCCAAUACACGACAUUUUCCCUUUCUAGUAAGGUUUAAGAAAUAUGAAUUUAUUAGUCAGUUACUAAAGUACUGUACCUAUACCAAACAAUACUCACUGUGGUGGUGUUGAUGAAGCUUGAAUUUUUUUUAUUGUGUACUGUCCUGAUGCUUAACUUAUUAAGUUUUGUGUCUCAAAGUUAACCUCUAUAAUUUUCUAUCAUUUCUCUGCCUGUUGAAGGAAAAAAUGUAUCAAUUAGGAAAUCAAAAUCAAAGUUAUAGUUUAUGAAUUUUGUGAUCCAUGUAAUAAUUUGUGGAUGACUGCUUACCUCCCCUUGGAAUCUCUUCACAUUAACAGAUGCCUUGUGUGUAUAGACCCCCAAAUUGUUCAGUAACUGUGUUGAUGUUGAGAUAUGUAAAUGAUAAGUUCUGUUACCCGGGUUUUAGUUAUUGGUGGAAUAACAACAGGUGUAGAUAUAUAACAACACCAAACAGCAUUGGGAUUUUUUUUUUGUAUCAAUGUCAAAUCAUGAUGCACAAAGUUAAACCUGUAAUUAUUUAUUGUCCCAAAGAUUAACUUCUUUGUGAAAAGUUGUUUGGUUAUGACAUCAAUAUACAGUAUGUAGAAGGAAGAGUAAAAUGAUGUUGGUGACCAGGAAUUACUGAACAGAGGAAUUAGUAAACAGCACUAUUGACUUCCAGCCAGACUUUGAACAUCCGGCCAAAAUAAAAAUGGGUAACUUUUUCAUGUGUUUCUCUGUUCAGUGGUGCACUUAAUGGAGAAGUGUGUCGGGAACACCCAACAUUUUAAGGCUAUGCUAGUUUACCUACAUUUUCAAAUUUGGAUUACCUGUACUAUUAUCCUGUCAUAGAAAGUGAAAUGGCAAGUUGUGAAUUUUAUAAUACUUCACCACACUGUUGAAAUUGUAGGAAAUUAUGAAAUUAAGUAUCAUCAUGACAAUUUGAAAAUGAUGAGAAUUGUUUGUGCUUUUUGCAUAAAAGGUAAAUGUAGCCUCAGAAUGUUAACUUUUCCCAAAUCUCAUGAAACCACUGUAUUGGAUGUAUGGCUGUGCCUGUACAAUAUGCAAGUGAUAUUGUUUGAUCCAUUACAGUGUGGUUAUAGUCAGGCUUGCCACCUCAAUAAAAAUGGGAAAAAAGACACACAUGGCUGACCUAAACUGCCAUCAUGGCUAGUUUAGUGCUAUAUAGAAAUGACGGCUAGUGCAGGUUUUGCUGUAUAGAUAUUUACUAUACCGCAUUAACCUUAGUGAACGUCCAGUAAUAACUCGUAAGCUAUAGUAAAUCCAUAGUGCUAAAGUACUCUUUAAAAGGCUGCCAAACUUGUAUUUAAGGUAAGAUUUUGAAAACUUUUAAAUCUAAGGAAUAGUAGAAAAAUUAGGAAAUAACUGAUCCCUAGGGGAUUAAUGUACAGUGCCCAGCUCAGUUUUUGGUAGGUUGCUUGGCAGAAUUCUGACAGUCAGAAGACAGCCAUACAUGGAUCUAGAGAAGAUACAGUAGUUGAUGAAAAUUUCAACACUACGGUAAUUUCAAUCACACACAAAAAGAGUACUGUACAGUAAUUUCAAGUCAAAAGUGUUGCCUUUGGAUUUUGAGUGAUGGAAUUCUACUGUUAACCUAUCUGGUUAAAUUUUACUGCUAUUACAGUACAGUAUUAGUAAUUUUUUGAUACAAUAUGUAAAUUGAUUUUUUUUUUCCAAAUACAUCACUUACUGUAUACUACUUACAUUUCCAGGGCAUAAAUGUCUAACUUCGUUUUGAAAAAGUUUUAUUUAUGUUGAGUCUAUUACCGGUAGUAUACUUUACAAAGGAUCCUAUUUUUGAAUGGUUUUGUAAUGAAGUUUGAGAAGAAUGCCAAACUUCAAGUGUUGGGUAAUGAGAAGAAUACUACUGGCUUAUGACAAGAACUCUGCUUAGAUACACAACUUAAACUUUUGUGCAUAUUUUGUAGGAGGUGUAUUUUACAGUUUAAAAGGAUUUUAUCUAACUCAUGGCUGUUUAUAUGUGCAGAGUAUUUUCUGGAAAUGAGUUAUCUUUAAUUGCUCAUAUGUUAUACUGACACAUUAAUGCAUGUAGCAUAUAAAAUUUGAUGUGUAUGAUGCAAAUGCUUUUAUACUAAAUGCUGUACUAAACUUAAAUUACAGUACUUUCAAAAGUUUAAAAGCCUGUACAUAUAGUAAUUACAGUACUGUACUGUAUAUCAACUUCCCACAAUCAGAUCUGGUUGUCACAUGUAAAGUCUUCCCCAAACACUGUGACUUCACACAUUUUGGCACUUUGAAAUGUCACAGACUUAACAAAUUCAGUCAAAAUACUGUUUGCUAAAGUGGAGAUGUGCAAGGCACAAGGAGAGGUAAAAAGUCUGAUCAAAGCUUUGCAUUUAAUUGGGCAGGUCACUGCAUGUAGCUCAUAUCCUUGUAUGUGAGAAAAAAGUUCUUUGUGGGAAAAUAAUCCACAUUAAAACCAGACUUAAAAGAUUCCAUUUGCAGGAUUUUUUAGACUAACAUUGGACUUGAAUGUGAAUUUACAAGUAUGAGAAAACUUAAGCCCAGUUACUGUACUGCAUGUCAUCAAGUAGUGGCAAUCCAUAAAUAUGUACAGUAUUCACAUUGGGGACUAAGGAUUUAAGACUCGUAAAUUUGCAUAUAAGUAGUUGUUGUUACACUGAUUGAGCUUGGGGGGAAAAAAAGGUCAGAAGAGCCCAAGGUAUAGCAUGGUUUAAGGUGGUCUGAUUACUUGCCUUUUUCUGGGUCUAAACAUUUUCACUGGUGCACCAGGUCAUUGUGGCUUAUCCUAAAGUUUGUGGAAGUUUUUGACAUGUGUAAGUUCAAGUCACAAAAGGUACGAGUUAACUUUUAUCUGUAAUAGCCUUGUAUUGAAUAUCUUCUUGAUGAUAUUACAUAUACAAGUGAUAUCUCCAUUAGCCGGAACAAUUGGUGUAGAGCAAUUUCAGGAAUCAGAGAUUUCUGAGUCACAAGACGACUCUCUCAAAGCCGGAAAAAAAUCAUCCCCGGAAUUUUCCUGGUAAUGGAAAAAAUUUCUCAUUAGUUCCAGAAAUUGUGCAUUACAACUUCUCUCAAAGCCUGAAAAAAUCUCACACUGCCGGAAUUUUCCAGGUACAAGUACUGGGAAAUUUUUCUUGGAAUUUCUGGAAAAUGUGCCUGAUUUUUCUCUCUCAAACCCCCCCAAAAAACCUCCUCCAUCCCCAGAAUUUCCCGGUUACUGGAAAAAUGUGCCCCUCAGAAAAUCGUUCCCAAAGCCAGAAUUUUCUGGAAAACUCGAGCUUUGGGAAUGAUUUUCUGAGAAAUUUUUUAUUCCAACUAUUGGAGAGUUCCAGUUAAGAGGGAUUUUGGCUAACAGAGGUAUUACUGUACUUGGUUUAAUGAAUAAUGACUUCAUCUAAUACUUAGAUUUUUAAUAUUAAAAGGAAAAAGACAUUUUUCAUUAUGUGUCACUAGAAUAUGAUUUUGAUAUUAAUAUGAUUACAGUGUACAGUAUCUAGAAAUGGAGACCCAAUACCAACUAAACUAGUAGUGGGGACUACUAUUUUAGGAUGCUGUGAGAAGCAUUAUUGUAUCAAAAAUACUGAAAAACAGAAGAGUGACAACCAGAGGUGUGUGUAUUGGAAUACAGGGUCUCAUAAGGGGUUUAAAGUUAGCAAGACACUGAUUGUGGAGCAUGUAUACUGUAUGAAAGAAGAUAUUCAUAGUGUGCCAUGCCAACUUGGAACCCCUGUACUUAUUGCACAAAAAUUUACGUAUGUUAGGUAAAUGUAUAUUUUUCCAACAUAAAGUACUGUACUGUACAGCACUUAAAUUUUUGUAAGUUUAGGGGUUCCAAGUUACCAAUAAACCGAUUUUUGGGGCGAGACACACUGUAAAUUUUUCAUUUACACACAUGGGUUCCAAAAACAGUAUUGUGUCAAAUUUGAAACCGAUAUGACCCUUUAAGAGAAUUUUGCAAUGUUUGGAUAUAUUACUUGGUUAAGAAGGUUGUAAAUAUUGGUAUUAAUAGCUUUAUUUAAUUAUUAAGUUCGUGUUUAAUACAACUGUUUAUUAUUUGUGGAUAAAGUUUUAAUUUAUUUAUACGUAUAUAAUUUAUAGUACUAAGUGCAUUUUCAGUUAAGACACACAUUACUGUACAUGUAUAUACAGUAUAAAGAAACUCUAUCAUGUAAAUAUAGGAUAGUACACCAUACCUCGAUUAUCGAAAGCCCUGUUAAUCUAAAUCUAGAUUAUCCAGAAACUCAGGUUAAAGCUCUGUGUUGCCUGUAAGACCAUGACAAUUGUAAAAUGUUUCUACAAAUAGUCUGAUAACCUGGAAAAUCAGAUGCUUGGUUGACCAGGUUCUGGAUAUCCUUGGUAUAUCAAUUUUCAUAACAUAUCAGUAGCUUUCUUUAACUUGGGCUGCAGAAAAUAUUUUGGUGUGAAGUUUUCCUCUAAGCAAGGGAUCUCUUUUAAUUAUUCUGUAUUCAGGCACACUGGCAAAAGUGAAGCCAUUUAAUACAGUUACACAAGGUUGUAUAUUAUUUGAUUUUAUCUUGUUCAUUUAAGUAGCACUGGCUUAGUCAUACUGUACUGAUUUUUUGUAACAUGUAUGCUUGUAUUCUGAUUUAAACUACGUAAUGCAUUAUUGUACAGUAUUAUUUUCAUCUGAAUUUAUUGGUAUUAAAUGUAUUUUAUUAAUUCACUUGAUAGAUCCCAGUCCUUGUUAAGGCUGAAGGGCGGAAGCAUCCUGGAGGCCCAGAUUCACCAAUGCUCACCCUCAGUUUCAGAAUGGUGUUAAAAAGGGAAGCAGUUGGUUAAUGUGUGAUCCACGGCAGCUUGUAUGGAGGAUUACCAGACCUUGCCUGUAGGAAGGCAGCUGUAUAACUUAUUUCUGCAGUGCUGUGGCUACUAGAAAUAAGGAGUGAAAUAUUGCCUGUAAAUUGUACUCGUGAAUGUUACAGAAUUAGUAAUUAAGUAUGAAAAAGAUGUUUUGAGACCAUAUUGAUAUGAUGGUGUUGAAAGAUGCUAGUCAGUGGGAGGGAUCUUGUGUAGACACAGUACUAAGUGACUGUCAAAGUUACUAAACCAAGGGAGAAAUGUUGUACAGGAGCAGUAAUGAUUGUGUCAGAAUUGAAAGUGGGAGGAAAAAGAUGAUGUUUUCAAGAUACCACAUUCUGAUUGUGCCAAUGUUGCUAUUAGUGAGUCUUAUCAGUUUGAGUGGUAGCAUUGCCUUGAUGGCUGCCCUGGGAAGUAGCAACGUUUCUACCUUGUUUCUCCUUGUACUUGUUAACUCUUACAAUAAAUAGUUAAAGAUG